AUGGACGAAAUUCCGACAGAAGAUGUUCAUGAAUGGCUCCAGUGUGCUAGGUUUGGCGAGCUAGACUUGAUAAAGCAUAUUCUCGCCGAUAUUUAUCCAAAAUUAAAGCAAAAACUCAUCAAUGCGUCAGACUACGAAUCAGGGAACACAGCACUGCACAUGGCUGCUGCAAAUAGCCAUUCAAAACAAAUGGAAAGGUAUGAAGACAAGUAUGCCUUGCUGGCCCGACAAAACAAAAGCGGAAAUACAGUGCUCCAUUGGGCCGCAAUGUCUGGAAAUAAAGACGUUCUUUGCGCGCUUUUCCAAAAAGAUCCGGCUGAUAUCGCUGCUGGUGGGGUAGAAGAAACCGAAGAUGAAAAGUUCAUUCCAUUUGGGGCCAUUUUCAAUGUAAAAAAUAAUGCCGGACGUACGGCUCUGGACGAAGCUCAAAUGCUCGGAAAGGAUGAAGUGGCCGGACUUCUUUUGAAAUUUUCCACUUUAUCAUAA